AUGACGCAGCCAAAGAAGCUGGUGCCUGUCAAGCUGCUCAAUUCUUCAUGUUCCUUGAAGACACCGCUGCAGUGCAGUUGUUCCUUCCAUGGGAUCCCCACACCCUCUGUGAAGUGGUGGGUGGGAAAUGUCCCUGUGCGUGUGAACAACAUGGAUGACAACCUCCAGGUGACUUCCACCAUUCAUGGUCCCUGGGCCAACAGCACCAUCAGCUUGACCAAGAAGCCACAAACAGGAACAAGCCUUAGUUGUAGGGCAAGGAACAGAAAUGCAAACUAUGGUUUGAGCUUCCUACUGUUGUCAGAAGAAAAUCAGCCUGCUCCCCAGCAGUCCAUGACAAGCCUGCUCCACGGCGUUCUGUAUGGAGUCAUCGCAACCACGUUGGUCUUCCUCUGCCUCAUCCCCCUCAUAGUGAAGCAUAUCAGGAAGAAAUGGGCAAAGAGAAUCGCAAAGGUCAAGAAAAAGCACCCUCAAGUCCUAAUACACCAAAAACCCGUGACGUCUCUGAAGCCAGAAGACCCAGAAAAAUCCAUAACCGUCCCAUCUUCUGACACUUGGACAUUGUGUACCUGGGUGAAAAACAAGUGA